CACUUCGCACCUCGCACCGCUCGCACUCGUGGUGUUUUUAGCGACAGUGCUUCUUCUGUUUUCUGUCUGCAUGGUGCAGCAGUGCAGCAGUGCCGACCAUAUAAUGUGCUCGUGGUGAUUGAAUGAUAUAGGUGACUCUUAAGUGAAGUCGUGUUCUGAGUGGGUGCUCAACCAUGGCUCAACCAGUUCCAGAGAACAUUAACUUUGCCAAGGAGGAAGAGAACAUUUUAAAUCUAUGGAAAAAACUUGAUGCCUUUCAAACAUGCCUGAAACAAUCUAAAGGAAAGGAAAGAUUUACCUUCUAUGAUGGACCACCGUUUGCCACAGGACUUCCUCAUUAUGGCCACAUUCUUGCCGGUACCAUCAAGGAUAUUGUCACCAGAUAUGCUCAUCAAAGUGGAUUCCAUGUAGAAAGAAGGUUUGGCUGGGAUUGCCAUGGGUUACCUGUUGAGUUUGAGAUUGACAAAACCCUUGGAAUCCAGGGCCCAGCUGAUGUUGCGAAAAUGGGAAUUCCAGCUUACAAUGCAGAGUGUCGAAAAAUAGUCAUGCGUUAUUCGGAAGAAUGGGAAAAUGUUAUUACCAGGCUGGGUCGCUGGAUUGACUUCAAAAAUGAUUACAAAACACUGUACCCUUGGUUUAUGGAAUCUGUGUGGUGGGUUUUCAAACAAUUGUACAAUAAGGGGUUGGUUUAUCGAGGUGUGAAAGUGAUGCCUUAUUCUAAUGCUUGUAAUACUCCACUGUCAAACUUUGAAUGUGGCCAGAACUAUAAGGAUGUUAAUGACCCAUCAAUAACAGUUGCAUUCAAGUUAAGAGAUGAACCAUUGGAACUUCUAGCAUGGACAACAACUCCAUGGACCUUACCCAGCAAUUUUGCUUUGACAGUAAAUCCUGACAUGAUUUAUGUAAAGGUUCAAGAGAAAUCUUCAGGUAGAGCCUUUGUGUUAAUGGAGAAGAGAUUGGAGAGUGUUUUCAAGAGUCAAGAUGACUAUACUGUUUUGGAUAAAUUUCCUGGAUCAAAACUAAAAGGCAAAAAGUAUGUUCCUCUAUUCCCCUUCUUUCCUGAAAUGGAGAAAAAGGGUGCAUUUACGGUGUUUGCAGAUGGCUAUGUUACCGAUGAUUCUGGUACAGGAGUAGUUCAAUGUGCUCCAUUUUUUGGUGAAGAUGAUUACCGUGUGUGUGUUGAUAAUGGAAUGUUUUCACGUGAUGAUGACAUUCAAUGUCCUCUUGAUGCUAGCGGUUGCUUCACUGAUCCUGUGACACAAUUCAAAGGAAUGUAUAUCAAGGAUGCCGACAAACUCAUCAUCAAACAUCUGAAAGAUGCUGGUCAGCUUUAUCAAAAUUCAACUAUGAAGCAUAGUUACCCAUUCUGCUGGAGAUCUGACACACCUCUUAUUUAUAGAGUUGUACCUUCAUGGUUCAUCCGUGUGCAGCAUAUGAGUGAGACUCUACUUGAGACUAGUAAACAGAGUUAUUGGGUUCCUGACUUUGUCAAAGAGAAGCGCUUUGGUAAUUGGCUUCGGGAUGCUCGAGAUUGGGCUGUAAGCAGAAACAGAUAUUGGGGUACCCCUAUUCCACUCUGGGUGUCAGAGGAUGGCAAAGAAGUUGUCUGUGUUGGAAGUAUUGCUGAACUAGAAAGCCUAACUGGCCAGAAAAUUACUGAUCUGCAUAGGGAGAGUAUUGAUCAUUUAGAAAUCCCAUCUGCUCGUCCUGGUGGUAAACCCUUGAGACGGAUUGCAGAGGUAUUUGAUUGCUGGUUUGAAAGUGGAUCCAUGCCCUAUGCUCAAGCUCAUUAUCCAUUUGAAAACAGCAAAGAGUUUGAGAAAUGUUUCCCUGCUGAUUUUAUUGCUGAAGGGAUUGACCAGACUAGAGGCUGGUUUUAUACUCUUCUUGUUAUUUCUACUGCUCUCUUUGGUAAACCCCCUUUUAAAAACCUUAUAGCAAAUGGCCUUGUUUUGGCAUCAGAUGGUCAAAAGAUGUCAAAGAGAAAGAAAAACUACCCUGAUCCACUUGAGGUAGUAAAUAAGUAUGGUGCAGAUGCCCUCCGUCUUUACCUGAUAAACUCCCCUGUUGUGAGGGCUGAAAGCCUUCGUUUUAAAGAAGAUGGAGUGAAAAACAUUUUGAAAGAUUUAUUUUUGCCUUGGUACAAUGCCUACCGCUUCCUAUCCCAGAAUAUCAUACGUCUCGAACAAGAAGACAACAUAGCUUUUUACUUUGAUGAAAACACUUGUGUGCAGUCGAGCAAUGUCAUGGACUCUUGGAUUUUAUCUUUCUCUCAGUCAUUGCUGCUUUUUGUAAAGCAAGAAAUGGCAGCAUACAGGUUAUACACUGUUGUCCCCAAGUUAGUCAAGUUUAUAGACAAUCUUACUAACUGGUAUGUCCGUAUGAAUAGGAAGAGGCUAAAGGGUGAUGGUGGUAUUGAGGAUUGCCGAAGAGGGCUGGAAACACUAUAUAGUGUUCUAUUUUCAAUGGUGCGCAUCAUGGCUCCGUUUACACCUUUCCUCAGUGAGUUGAUGUAUCAAAACCUUCGUCAUUUGAACAAAACAGAUAAAGCUGAUAGUGUGCACUACCUCAUGUUGCCCACACCAAAACCAAGCUUGAUAAAAAAGGAUAUUGAGUCUGCUGUGUCACACAUGCAAACAAUCAUUGAAUUGGGGCGUGUGAUUCGAGACCGCCGAACUCUACCCAUCAAGUACCCUCUAUCAGAAGUCGUUAUCAUUCAUCAAGAUGCUUCUUUCCUCAAUGAAGUUAAGGAGCUUGAGCACUAUGUGUUGGAGGAACUUAAUGUGAAAUCAAUGGUUCUCACUAGUGAUAAGUUAAAGUAUGGAGUAGCCCUCAGGGCUGAGCCUGAUCAUAAAACACUUGGAGCCCGCCUCAAGGGUGAAUUUAAGGCUGUAACUAAAGAAAUCAAAAACUUAACUGAUGCUCAGCUUCAAAAGUUCUUAUCCGGUGGAAAAUUGGAACUGUGUGGUAAUGCCAUUGAAAAGGAUGACAUUCGCAUUAUGUUCAGUUUCACUGGCCCUGCUGCCCAGGAACUCUCAGAACGCUAUGAAGCUCACUCUGACAAUGAUGUUCUUGUUUUGCUUGACAUUACUCAAAGUGAGGAUAUGCUUGAAGAAGGAAUAGCUCGUGAGGUCAUUAACAGGGUCCAGAAGCUCCGGAAAAAAGCUCAGUUGAUGCCAUUAGACCCUGUCACAAUGUACUACAAAGUAUCUGCUGAUGGCAUUCUUAAGAAUGUGUUGAACAGUUAUAAGGAAUACAUAGAAAAUGCUGUCAAAGGUCCCAUCAGACCACUAUCAUCAAAGCCUGUGAAUGCUGCUGUUAUUUCAGAAGAGGCCAGCAAAGUAAAAGAUGUAGAACUUGCCCUUGUUGCAGUUAAAGGCUUUUGCGGUGGUUACGCUGGCAGUGCAAAUCCUCUCGCAAAGGAGGAACAGAAACAACCAGCAUGCAGCUACAUAAUCUAGAACCACGUCUUGGUGCACAGAGCUGGGGUGUGAUCCUACUGGAAAAUCCAUGCAAUGAAAACAUCCUUAACUUUUCUGGGCUGCAGCAUCAAAUCGAGAAACUUUUUGGUAUUUAUGGAGUACGGUUUGAUGUGUCAGUUGAAGGAAUAAGACUAUCCAGUGAAGUUGAUGUUCUUUCUCUUAACAAAAAAGUUUUGACUGUGUCCCUGGCAAAUCAUCCUGUUCCCAACAGUUCUUUCUGUACUCCAAACUUUCAAUUUGUUGAUGUUAACUAUGCUGAUAAAAAGUAUACAGUUGUAUUUAAUGAGCAGGCAGGACCUGAAAUUCAAACAAAACUUGUCCAUGAAUUUGUGAAAACAUCAUUUAAGACUGAUAAGUUCAGUCUAAUUGGCAGUGUUAGUAAUGGACAAACUGUUAAAGUAAAAUUGGGUUAAUGUAUUGUAGCAAAAGACGUGUUAUUUAUUUGUUUCAGUGCUGUAUCUGUGAAGGCCAACUUUUCCUCCUGUGUGAAACUUUUUAACUCUGUUUAUCUCUUACUUUGAUACAUGCUCUGAGGUGUAAAUUAAAUGGUCUGAUUGUGCAUGUGAACUUAUAAUAAAAUUUUAAGGUCACCUCUAAA